AUGAGAAAAAAUCUCAAAUUCUUCAAUCCGACUCGCUUCAGACCUUACCUGAUCCGACGAAUGUGCUCGUCCGCCCACGACGGAAAACCCGCCGCCGCCGCCGCCGUUAACAACAGCAAUGGCAGCAGCGACGGCGAUGGGUCUAAGUUGACUAGUUACAACGAUCAGUACAAAGCUCUAAAGAACCUCGAUUUCAUGACGGCCGCGAAAAUUCUGUUCUCCGAACCUCCCAAGAAGAAGAAAUUUGGGUUGGAUUUUCACCUGGUGCAGCUGUUCUUUGUUUGCCUGCCAUCAUUGGCGGUGUAUCUUGUCGCGCAAUAUGCACGCCGUGAAAUGAGAAAAAUGGAUGCGGAACUGGAGAAAAAGAAGCAAGCUGAGUUCGAAAAACAGGCAAAAGAGAUGGAGCUCAAGGCCGCCGAGGAAAAAGCAGCGGCAGCUUCUAAUCCCGAGCUUCUUGCGGUAAAAGAGAGGCUCGAUAAGUUAGAAGUAGCCUUCAAUGAAAUUGUUGUCGAGUCUAAGAAGCAGUCAGACGUGAAGAAGAAAGAAAGAGAAAAUGGUGUCGAGCAAAAGAAAGCUCUCGAGGUCGAAAAGCUCGACUCUAGGAAUGAAAUAGCAAGCAAAGAACGAGUAAAUUCAGGUGAUGGAAAGACGAGCGGACUCGCAAGCCAGGAGGGAAAGAAAUGA